GCUGUGCCCCGCGCUGCCGGGGGGCGUGCUGCCGGGCGGUUAUUUAUUCGCCCGCCCCGGCGGAGGCGGCCCCAGGCCCGGGGUGCAGGGCUCGGGUGUCCCCCGCCAGGCGCUCCGGCAGCCUCUCCUGGACCCCCCCGGGCCGGGCUCUGCUCCCCGCCGCGGCUGCAGGGGCUUCUCUCCUCCUGCCCGCGGCUCCGGCGCUUUGCGCGUUCCCGGGCACCGCUCUGUUCUUCAGAGAACAGCUGCAAGAACUCUGAUCAAUGCCCUCAGAACAUGUCUAAUUGGACAAGUCUGUGGUAUGUCUGGUUAAUCUUGCUGACAGUGUUCCUGCUCCUGCUCUCUGGGAUCACAGCGAGCUGCAUCCAGUUCUGCUGCCGGAAGAAGAGGCUUCCAGCCGAGCCCUUCCCUUGCCACCCUUACGACCUGGCAGGCAGUGCCGUUGACAGCGACAGCACUGCCCACAGCACAGUGACCUCAUAUAGCUCACUGCAGUACCCUCUACGUGCCCCUAUUCCUUUGAUAUUUAUGGAUGUGGGUAAGAACACUGUGUCCCCUCCAGCUUACAGUCUCUAUGCAAUGGAGUUGCCACCUUCUUAUGAUGAAGCUGUCCAAAUGGGUAAACAACGCGCUGAAGUAGGACAGAUAAGCCAGAAACUCAAUGACAUCCCUGGAGAAGUGACGUCAGGUGGGCUGAAUCCCAUCCCAUAUUCACCUGAUACAAUCAACAGAAAUCCAGCAACAAAGGCAAAUUCAGAAAAUUCAGAAGAUGCAACAAAAGAACAGCCACAGCUCUGACUCAUUUCAGGAGGGGAGUAAAGGAAGGGAAGGACUGUAAGAGUUAAAGAAGACAUGAAGAGUUUGGUUUUGUAAGCAGGUUACGAUGGGAGGGUGUUUCCUCUCAUGCCCUUGUAGUGAUCGGUCAGUUAGAAGAAAUUUUUUCUGUGACUGCUGUAAACUCCUGGUAAAACUUCUUCAAGGCCAUGAAGUAAAAGGGCAGCAGUUUAUAAAUGCCUGUAAAAGUGGAACAUGAAUUCUUGUUCAUCUUCUGAUUAAAAAAAGAUAUUCCUUGUGUCCGGCAUAUGGCAAUAAAAAACGUCAGGGGAAUUUUGCCUUCUUGGGAACACAGAUGAAGAGUCAGAACAGUACAAACAGCAAGUUGUUCUGGAACAGAAGCUUCCCAAACUGGAGUUGAAAGGGGAAUCCUAGCAAGUCACACUGAACAGCCUCUGUAGUUUCUCUUCUUUUGAGAACGUUAACUGUCCAGAAGGUUCUGGAGUGCUACAUAAUGGCACAGGCUCCUUGAACUGCAGGAAGAUGGCACACAAGGACAGGAAAGUGUGGGGAGGGAAAUGCGUUAUGUUAUGUUUCACAGUGAGACAAGGUUUUUUCCUUGGUUAUGAGACCUGAAGGGAUUGCUCUUCAUUUUUAAAAAAUCUUUAAACUUCUAUUUUCAAGAUGAGUUGGCUUGUAGGUGGGAUCUUUUUACUACUUAUUUUUGCCAGUUAAAGUACAAAUUAGUCUCAAAGAGACACUUGCACACAUGAUUAAGCAUUACUAAUGUAUUUCAAAUAUUCAUCAAGCUUUCAAAGAUGCCCAUAACCUUUAUCUGCUCAGGUGUCAGGGUCUCAGUCAGUACAGACAAGAAAAAAAAAUCAAAGAUUCCUGGCAGCUUUCACCAGUUUAGUACAUAGAUGAGCUCAGUAAUGUGCAGGAUGGUACAAAGCGUGCUCUAGCUGUGCCACGUAGAAUAAGUUACAAAUCCAAAAUACCAUAGUACAGGCUGGGCAAUAGUCCAAAGAAAUUACUCUUCAGGGAUGAUUCUUCGUGAAGUACUGAUAGCAAGGAUAACUGCUAUGCCCCAUUUAAAAACUGGGAGCUCGGAGUUGAUCACAGUGGUCUCAGCCCAGACAAAAAUAUGGGCUAUGAGAGGCCUUUUUUAAAACGACAGCUCUUUCCCUUUCUUGCCCCUCCCACAUUCCAAAUAGUAUGAAUUCUGUCCACUCCUGAGUAGUGAUUUUCUUUGAAUCCCCUUUAGCAAGGUGCUGAUUUGGCUGCCUUUAAGAACAUGAGCAAUCUACAGGAUGGGAUUAUCUACGGGGUAAGAGCAGGAAAGGAAGCACAAGCACUAGUGCUAUUAAUGAAUGUAGUGUGGAGCACUAGGUCAGAGCUAAUGUUGACUGACCUACUAACAAGAAUAUGACUGAUAGUCUUCAUUUUUGCUGAAGUUGCUUUGGUAGCUGUGAGGAGAUGCUACCUUCUGCAGAUAUUUAGGUGUCGGUCGUUAAUAAGCAGUGGAAGCGGUGGGCACAAAAUCUUGCACAACUUUUAGAGGACUAUUCUCUGACAGCCCUUACUGCAAGAACUACCCUGGAAAUGAGCACUAAAAUUUAAAAAUUAAGAUCUCCCUGCCAGCCAGCAGGACUGAGACUGGAAUCUCUGCUACACAUUCAUGGUGUGUGAGCUGUUCAUGGGUCCGGCUCCCUAGAGAAGUGUUAGUUCUAUAUUGAACUUGCUUAUAGCUUACUGUAAGGGUUGCAAGGUUUAACAAAAUUGGUUUAACAAAUCUGCUUCUCCUCUGUCUCUUCUCUGUCAUUCUUAAUUAUACUUCUGUUUUAUUCUCUCUGCUGACUUCUUUUUUCGUGACAAGAUGGUGACUAGGCAUAAGCCAGUGUAACUGGAUGUCUCUAGCUGGAAGAGCAAUACGUGCCCAGGCCUGGGUGUCUCCAAGUCACAAAUACAGCAGGUGUGUUUUCAUUUCUUGAACUUUUCCAUCAGGCUAGUACUCAGAAACAGAUCCUAUGCCUUUCCAAAGAAGAAAUAUCAGUUGGAGGGAAAUGGCUGAGUGCUCACUCACUGAUAAAAACAGGAAUACAAAACCAGGCAAAAUGAAAAAAAAUAGUGACUGACACAAGAGGGCAGUCCUUCACUUUUCAGUGUCUUGCAUUGUAUCACCACCGGGAACAGCUCUGUAAGAGACCAGCUCCUGCUGUUGCAGAGAGGGAGGGCGCUCUAAGGCUCAGUUUUGCUCCGUUCUCCAGAAAUAACUCUGCAAUGCAAGGACUGAGCUUGCUCGAGGAGGAUGGGGGAAUAAUUACAACCGUUUGACUUCCCUCCCCUUCGUGCUUUUGCUAGCACAACGCUUCUGUCUUGUGAGCUGUCAGCAGUCCCUGACACAUACUCUACCAGCGCGGGGAGGUGUUUCCAUUCGGGCAUGGGGACGAGGUUUCUAACUCUAAGACCCCGGUCAGAACCCUAAAUGCCCGUGGAGAGUUUACAAGUCAGAUCCGACUCCGUUACCACCUGGAUUAACAGAAAAGAGGGGCACCUCUGUUGCAGUCUAGCCGGGUUAGUGUUGCCCUGCAGUAAUCUGUCACUCAUGUCUUGAUUUGCAUUUGUCCACAAGUCAUUACCCAGACUGAAAGAAAACAACUGGAC